AUGGUUCCGGCAGUCGCCCUCGUCCUGGCCGUGCUGGCCGCCCAGCACGGGCUGAAGCACGAUCACCAGGCAGAUGUGGUCGCGCAGCAGCGGAUGCAGCAGCGCGAGGAGUAUCUGCGCCAGGAGAUGACUCGCCUGCUGCAGGAGAUGGAGGGGAGCGGGGGCACGGACAAAGCCACGCUCCUUUCCGUCUUGCGGCAGUGGCCCUUCUGGGCCGCUGCCGGAGCCCUCGUCCUACUUGCUGAGGUCCGCUGGCUGGCCAGGAAAAUGAAGCUUGCCUCGGACAGCCGCAGCGAGCAGGACAGCUCCAGAAGCGAGGAGGAGGACGAGGAGGAGGAGGAAGAGCUCGGCGGUGCGCACCACGGUGUCAGGUCUUUGGCUGUGUCUACGCCGUCGCCGGUGCAGGGCCUGCCCGACACGUGCAAGGUGCUGAAGGAGCUGGUGGGUGACCUCCUCGGUGUCUGCCGCGUGCUUUGCAAAAGGACUUUCAUGCCGCAGAUGCACCCAGCCGUUGGGAUGGACGGCGCCUACGAAGCCUGGCGUGUCCACGAGAACAGCAUCGCCUACCGCCUGCUCGUGUUCCUGCAGCCGCCCCCCGGGCACUCUUUCAGCCUGGAGCUGGGCACCACGGGGCAGCUGCCAGCAAGCCGCUCCGGCGUCAGCGUGGCGCUGGAGUGCCUGUGCUCGAGGGAGCAGCUGCUGGGGGAUAUGUUGUGCUUCCUCCACCACCAGCACGACGACAAGCUGCCGAGCUUGUACCUCCUACGCACCCUCUGCACGCGCUCCCGCUUAGACGUGGAGAAAAUCGCCUGCUGGGUCCAGCGGUUGGUGACAUCGGCCUGGCUGCUUUUGCCUCAGUCGUACCACUGCCAGCUAACGGUGCUGCCCUCCUCCCAGUCCUGCAGGUUCCAGCUGACGAGCACCUCCAAGAUCAACAUCUGCACUGAGAUGAUCUUUGCAGUGCAGCAAAGCAGCUCCGGCCCCUACCUGAGCCUUGAGGUCCCUCCGGGACCUUUACACCAUGCAAAGAUGACAAUAAAUUAG